AUGGCGAACACGACAGUGCGCGGUGCGCUGACGAUCCAUGGCACCAAUCCGCAGUUCCUGAUCGAGCGCGUGGUGCGUGCGCGCAUCUACGACUCGAUGUACUGGAAGCAGGACUGCUUUGCGCUCACCGCCGAGUCGCUCGUCGACAAGGCCGCGGACCUGCAGUACGUGGGCGGCACCUACGGCAUGCUGCGCCCCAGCCCGUUCCUGUGCCUCGUCUGCAAGCUGCUCCAGAUCCAGCCGGAGCGGGAGAUUGUGCUCGAGUACCUCGCGGCCGAGGACCUCAAGUACUUGCGCGCACUCGCAGCCAUGUACAUCCGCAUGACCUUUCCCGCGAUCGAGGUGUUUGAGCUGCUCGAGCCGCUCCUGAAUGACUACCGAAAAUUGCGGUACAGAGACACCGCGGGGCAGUACUCGCUCUCGCACAUGGACGAGUUUGUGGACGACCUGCUAAAAGAGGAGCGCGUAUGCGACUUGAUCCUGCCGCGCCUCACGCGCCGCAGCGUGCUCGAAGAAAACGAGGGACUGCGGCCACGUACGUCGCGCCUCGAGGAUGCACUCGUUCUCGGCGACGCACAGGGCCUUGACGAGGCGGACGAUAGCGACGACAGCCUCGGCGCAGUUCGCCGCGAACGCGAAGCGCGGCGCGCACACGCGGACCAGACACGCGAGGCGCGGCGCAGACGCGAGGCCCAUGCGCGGGGGUACGCGGUCGAAGAGGAGGAGUACGCGUCGCAGCAGUCGGAGGACGAGGAGGAGCGCCUCCGCGCGCUGUAUAUGCGCUCGCGCAGCGUGUCGCCUGAUCGGGAAGAUCGGGGGAGUGUGUCGCCCGAUCGGAGUGUUUCGCCCGAUCGCAGCAUCUCGCCGGACCGCAGGAGUGUGUCGCCCGACCGCGCCAUCUCGCCGGAUCGGCGGAGCGUGUCGCCCGACCGUCGCAGUGUGUCGACCGACCGCGACAUUUCGCCCGACCGCAUGAGCAUUUCGCCCGACCGUCAAUAG